AUGGGAUCAGGGUCUAGCUAUCCGGUGAGCUUCGAGUCCUUGGAGGCUUUUUUCGAAAUAGUGAGAAAUGAAAGAUACUUCAAGAUCCAGAUUAUAACUCUCGAAUCCCUGGAGGUGUUUGAAACUGCUCUAAGAGAUGAAAGGAUUGAGUACGUGAGGUGCUUCAGCUCUAUGAUUAGAGAGUCCGAGCUCCCCAUCCUUAUUCUUAGAGAUUCCGAUAUACACCUUCCUAGGCCUGGAAGGUAUAUUUUGUUUAGCAACAAGCGCUGUGGGGGCUUCGUACAGAUUGUGUUCAAUCCAACUCUCUCAGAGAAGCUUGCCAUUGUCGGGGACAUGUAUGUCGUCCAGGCAUACAGCUACAAGAAUAUUAGCGAGCUUCUGAAGGUUGCCAGCAAAGAGAAAGACGAGAUGGAGAGUUAUUUUGGAAGUGGGUUAGACUACUUUGAGAGUGUGAUAAUGCUUGUUGUAAGGAAUAGAAGUAGAUUUAGGGACAUCCUGUGCGGUGCUAAAGAGAUGGAUGAUAAGCUAGGAAACAGCUUUUUCCUACAGAUGAAGCUCAAUGGACUGGUCGAUAAGCUUUUUGUGGUUAGAAAUGGAGAUAGCUACCGGGUGAAUGUGAGCGAAGGUGUUCUGAGGUCUAUAGGAGAGAGAAUAGGGUUUGAUGCAGGCUCCGGUGUCUAA